AUGGAUUCAGCAGACGUGGAAGACGCAGCAGUAUCUCUGCUCGCUCGUUAUCCGCCACGAAAAGGCAGGAUGGCACUGGAGAGCAUCGUGGAACUGUGCGAAAGGAAGGGCACAGAAGCUGUUUGGGCCUCUAUCAAUAGACAAAUAAGUCCGGUAGAGACGCCGUGGACCAUUGUGGUGUGCCCACCAGCACCUACAAAGAUGAUCUCCACGGGCCCACAUCGCUUUAUUGCAUCUGAAUACAACAGAGUUGGUGAUAGCUAUCGUUGCCCAUUGUGUAAUGAGUACGUCUCUGGUGGGGAGUUCGUUGGGGUGUCUCCUGGCGCAUCGGGGCUCCUUCGACAGGUGGAGUCUGCUGCAAACUGCGCCUUUGCAGAGUACGCCAAGCUCUAUUAUGGAAAGGAGUGCACAACGUCGGUGUACACAUGGGAGUGCGACUCGGACGAGUCUGACGUUACCAUGGGCAUCGCGUUGAUGAUUAAGUAUCGUGCAAACCUUACGGAUGACGUUUGCGUAGGUGAUUUGCCUCUAUACGGAAGGCGUGGCGUCUGGCAGAGUGCUCAUGUAGGUCUCUUGAAGGUGUCAACGGGGUCGUACCGCUUUCAGAGUUCAUUUUACCUUGAUGCUUUCAUUUCGCUCAGCCCUUCCCAGGGUUCAUCGAAUACUACACUAAGAUUCAACGGUAGUGUUGCAUCGAGGUUGUAUUGUUUUGAGGGUCAAACUGCCGUUACACCACCAAAUCUUGUCGAUUUGAUUGCAUCCAUUGGGGAACAAGUGCAGUCGAUCGAAAACAACUUUCGCGGACGACUCUUUGAGAUCUACUUUGGAAAGGCGCAGUUCGUCGCUCAAAGCAUUCGCUCGACGACAGAAAGGAGAAAAAAGGACUUUUCUGUAACGGUUGGGGAUGCAGCAAAGAUUCCAUCACCAAAUGGCCCCCAAGACCUUCGGGGUUCCGCCGAGUUUGGCGUGAAGAAAGAUGGAGAAGCAGCUCAAUUGGGUGUUUCUUUCGCUGAAGAAGCGGGUGAUGGGGUGCAUUCUUUUCCGCAGGCAGAGGGUGCUCCGAUUGAUGCAUGGGCGCGGGUGCGCGACGAUGAGGGGAACCUUCACUACCACAACGAAGGAACAGACGAAACGGCACGGGAGAGGCCCGGAAAUGAAUGUUCAGUAUUGUACAUUUUGCAGCGUCUGCAUUUGGCGCAUUCACCCGAAAAGUACCACAGAAGGAUGAGAAAGUAUUUUAAACAUUACGACAUAUCGUUGAGUAUUGAUACAUUCCUUUCGCUGCUGGGUGAUGAUCACGUGCUUGAGCUGGACGAUGGCUCGACAACGACAGCCUUGGAGUUUCUCGUCCCAUCCUAUGGGGAUCGGCGCAAGAUUCAGCUCUACAUUACGCGAAGAACGGCACAAGACGCAUAG